CACUUCAGCACCACAGCAAACAAAAACAAUUUCAACAACAAGUAAGUCGGGGCCGAAUCUUGUUGACUGUCUCGCUCGGCUUUUUGGAACCUUUCGGCACCCUUCGAGACCCGCGUGACCCUUCGGAGGCGACGAAAUAUGCACCACAACGCCAAAGUGGAGGAUUAAUUCGCGGAAGCAAGAAUGGGCGCGAACCAGAGCGCGGAAAAGAGCGCCAAGGCCAACCACAAUAAGGGCGGUUUGACGUUCACCGUGCACAACAGGCAUCGGCAGGACGAGGUCGAAAGGUCGCCGCGGCAGCUGCUGCCCAUCGAGAAACUCGCCAGGAGGUUGGAGGAAAUUACGGCCAAAGAAGAAUCUCAGCGUGGAAUCAGCCCAAGAGUUUUCCAGACGCGAGUUUUUCCGGCUUACCCUGAGUUGGCCGAGCGACUGUUGCGGUCGUUGAGGCGCACAGGUGGCAGCACCGUCGCGCCCCUGACCGCCGACGAGUUGGUGGAGGGGGCGGAAAAGCUGAUGACCAUCCUUUCGGACGAGCGGCAGACCGAGAUGUACCUUCGGAUGUACGCAGAGGGCGAGGCCGACCUUUCCAAGACCGCUUUUCAGCAGUUGGUAGCCCUGGCGCACGCCGUCGCCCUCGACCACUACCCUGACGGCCCUCGUUGCUGUCGCAAGACCGACCACACCCUCCACGCCCUUGCAAACGCCGCGUUUCACGGGAAGGAGAGUUUGUCUGUUGGUUACCUGACGCACUGGAUCGCCGAAAACUGUCCGCGGUUGCUGCUCGGGCUGCACCGCUACGUCGUCCACCACCUCAACACCUCGUACCGCACCCUCGACUCACCCCUCGGCACCCUCCCUCAAAACGAAGAGGAGAUGGACUUGGGUACGCCUGUGCUGGAGAACAAGGGCUUUGCGUUCGCCACCUCCGCGGCGGAGGAGAGGGAGGCGGGGGCGUUGCCCCUGUCGCAGGUGUGGCUGUUGGCGGUGAGUCUGCCCAAGGUGUACACGCAGCCCUCGGUCAUCCACUCGCCCUCGGCCGGCAGCGGCCUCGCCUCCCUCGACUCGCAGGGCAUCAUCGCCAGAUGGCUCGGCAGCGUGUGUCCGUCGCACUGGACGCCCCUUUACAACAGCGACGUCCACGGCCUUGGUGCAAACAGGUUCCUGAAUCACGUGCUGAACUACAGGGGGCCGACUCUGACGUUGGUGCGCGGCGAGGGUGGCGUCGAGUUCUGCGUCGGCGCCACCGACGAGUGGCGCGAGACGCACCUUUACUGGGGCGCCCAAGACUGCAUCGUCUUGCAAACGCAACCACUCUUCCACGUCAUCGAGAGGGGUGCGAAGCUUGUGUACCUGAACACGUCAAUCCGGGGGUACCCGCUGGGGGUGCGGGCGGGGUGCGACCCUCGCAAGCCGAGCCUGAGCGUCAACGAGGCGUUCACGCAGCUCGAGUACAAAGGCAUUCCGUACCCGCUGCUCAGCGUCGAGGUCUGGGGCUGCGGCACCUCCCACUCCAGGGAGGCGCAGCUGGAGCUGAAGAAGUGGCAGGUGAAGCAGGCGGAGCGGCAGCGCCAGGUCAAGCUGUCGGCCGCAGACUGGGUCGACCACCCUGACAGGUACCUCCUCGAGCUCGGCGGACGCACCACCUACAACGACCCCUAGUCCAAAACCACCCUUAAGGCUGAUCAAUAAUAAAAACAUUCCUUGUUCUUCUUUUAUUCAAUUUUCAAAUGUGUGGAGGAAAAAGUGCAAUAAAACAAUAAAAUGUAACUGUGCCCC